UGCCGCCGGGGCCAGGGGAAUGCUGAGAUCCUGGACCGACGCCUGUCCAGGCCGCCGUGUGUCCUGGCUGGUGGCCAGAUCUUUUUCUCUGGUCCGGACGAUCAGGAUAGCUCUCAGGGCCCCGCCCUGUGUGGCCUUGCCUGGCUUGCUCGAAUCCUGCAACCUCUGCUGGCAGGUUGGCGGGCCGAUCCCAGACCCACGUCCCACCACCCGCCGGCGAAGACCCGGGGAUGGGCAACGCCACCCAGCUCGCUCCAGAGCCAGCAUGGGUCUCAGUGAGGUGGGUGAUUCUCCAGGAUGGGAGACAAGCCGAUUUGGGAACAGAUUGGAUCCAGCUUUAUUCAGCAUUACUACCAGUUAUUUGAUAACGACAGAACCCAACUAGGCUCAAUUUACAUUGAUGCAUCAUGCCUUACGUGGGAAGGACAGCAGUUCCAGGGGAAAGCUGCCAUUGUGGAGAAGUUAUCUAGCCUUCCGUUCCAGAAAAUUCAGCAUAGUAUCACGGCGCAGGACCAUCAGCCUACACCAGAUAGCUGUAUUAUCAGCAUGGUUGUAGGCCAGCUCAAGGCAGAUGAAGAUCCCAUCAUGGGUUUCCACCAGAUGUUUCUAUUAAAGAACAUCAAUGACGCUUGGGUUUGCACCAACGACAUGUUCAGGCUUGCCCUGCACAACUUCGGCUGACCUCCUGAUGGCCAGAUGUUCACGCUGUUUCCUCCUCCCGCCUCUUCCCAAUACUAUCUCGCUCCUCCAGAUGCUCCAAAUAUCAUGCACACACGAGCAGGGCCGAGGUGGGAGUGAGUGCAGUGCGCUUCUGUCACCAGGUUUUGUGCAUGAUGUUUGGAUGCUAGGCUAGCUGCAUCUGACAGGAGAAGUUUGUGUUGUACCAGCGCAUGCCUUGGAAAGACUUAAGUAAUGCAAAAGAUUGUCGGUUUUUGUUUUUGUUUUAUUUUGUAUUUUUAAUCUACUGACAAGUUGCUCUAGUAACCCAAAGAAGUGAAGGAGAAAGCAGCUGCCUCACCGCCCAGAUGUUGAUUUGUUCAGAUGUUUCAAUGCCUCAUGAUACAAUAAAACCACAAAAA